AUACUAAGCUAAAAUAAAGCUUCAUCUUCUUUAAAGGAAAGCUUUUUCCCGUACUCUUUGCAGCAGCAGCGAGGAUGGGCUGUUUAUCGUGGGUCUUGCCGAACCCACUCACCCAACCCGCAACACACUCCACACACAAACAUUUGCGACAUCAGCAAAACAACACCAAUCCAGUCCCGGUCGCCGUCAAUGGCCGGAAUCCAGUUCUUUCACCUCCUUGCCUAGAUGCCCCCAAUUGGUUCUCUCAAUCACCAUCGCCGUCUUCACAGAAAAACCUAACCCUUCACAAAUCCUUUGUUUGCGCGACACUUGCCGUUUUGCUAUCCUCCCCUUCAGCUAAUGCAGGGUUACUGUCUGGCUCGAGCGGGAUAGAAUCAAUCCCUGGUCCAGAAUUACCUCAAAUCGACUUUCUCAAUCGCUGGAAUGAAGGAAAUCAGAAAAAGUAUGCAGAUUUAGACGCCAAAUUCCAAGAGUCUCCCUUGCUUAAACAGUUUAUCGAGAAGUCCAAGCUGAAUAAAGAGAAGAAUCGACAGGCGAUACAAGACAAGUAUUGUCUCCGUGGUGCCGAGUGGGGAGUGGGGGAUUGCUCUACACAAGGAAUGUCGCCCGAAGACAGGGAAAACUUCAUUUCCGCAUUGAAGCAGAAGGUGGGAGUAGUUGACUAAUGGCAGCAGUAUUACCUUUUUCCCUCCAAAGUCUUUUGGGAAUUACCUAAGUGAAUCCCUUGAUCCAAAAAUGGGGCAAAGCUUGCUAAGCCUUGAUGAUAUGAAUAUACGAAGUGGGGGAAAUCUUCAAAUGAUCUUUCUCCCAACUCCCAAGCGCAUUUUUAUGUGCUAUUCCAUAAGAUCACCUACUUAUUCCACUCAAAGAGGGCUUAUGGUCUUAAUGGAAGCAAUGUGAUUUUGUUGUUAAAGUAAACACACUUUGGCUUGUAAAUUGUAAUGAAUGACCAUCAAUGUAAUUAAAGUGAUUAUGAGCAUACUUUUAAUCACCAAGAUGUUAUAUUAGAACAUAAUUAUAAUUACUAAAAAUUAUCAAGUCAAUUUUUGUCCACCA